AUGGUGUACAGCCUGUUUGGGAAGAAACAUUUCGAUGUUGGGACUCGCUGUGCAAGCUGCUGCAGAAGUACCCGAAGGGGCAGGGGUCAGGCGGUGCGGGCGCGGGGGGGAGCGGGCGGUGCGGGUGCGGCGGCCGACGAGCCGCCCGAGCCGCUGCACCGCGCCGUGCCCAAGCGCCGCGUGUCGCACCACACCGCCAGCGAACACGACUUCGAGAUGCAAAUCCAAGAGUGGGCGAACAUAACCUCCUUUCUGUGCGCAUUGGGGGGUGUGUGUCUUCAGCGCCGACCGUCAACAAUCUGGUCACAUUUACAUGGACACGACACACGAAAAUACAAUGUUUUAGCAAAUAGCUCACAAGAAGUUCAGUACUGUCCGGUUACACAGUUUAUAGGGCAACUUUUGCGAUUAUUGCUAUGCACCAACGAGCGUUUCGGGCAACAAAUACAAACGCACGUCAAAGAACUUGUGGGACACGAGAUGUCACCUGCCCUCUAUCCUAUACUUUUUGACCAAAUUAAAGCCAUCGUCGAUAAGUUUUUCGACCAACAACAACAGGUGAUGCUAACGGAAAUUAAUACGCAGUUCGUGGAGCACACUAUAUUUAUAAUGAAGAGCAUUUUAGAUAACAAAAAGACUGGCCAACCUGCAGAACAUCUUAGUACUACUUCUAUCGAGGGCCUAAUGUUGGCUAUAGUCAGGUAUGUGCGUCAUUUAGACAUGACGGUGCUUUCGGUGCAUAUAAAGACGAAACUUUGCCAAGUUGUGGAAGUGAUGAUGAGUCGAAGAGACGAUCUCGCGUUCAGGAAGGAAAUGAAAUUUCGAAAUAAAAUGGUGGAGUAUGUGACCGAUUGGGUCCUUGGUACUAGUCAUCAGAUAGCUCGGGCCGAGGCAUCUUCUAAAUCAAGGUAUCUGGUGGUGUGCCGCGAGCUGGACCAGGCGUGCAUGGAGGCGGUGGCGGCGCUGCUGAAGGGGCUGCCGCUGCAGCCCGAAGAGUCCGACCGCGGCGACCUCAUGGAGGCCAAGAGCCAGCUCUUCCUCAAAUACUUCACAUUAUUUAUGAAUUUACUUAACGACUGCAACGAAGUAGAAAUGACCGAAGGUCCGGGAUUGGAGGCUCUUAGAAAUGCCACCAUUCAAGCCAUGUCCAACUUGCUAAGCGCAAACAUUGACUCGGGUCUCAUGCAUAGCAUAGAUCUGGGCUACCACUGCGACCUACAGACCCGAGCGGCAUUUAUGGAAGUGUUGACGAAAAUCUUGCAACAAGGCACAGAAUUCGACACGCUGGCUGAGACGGUGCUGGCCGACCGCUUUGAACAGUUAGUUCAGCUGGUCACCAUGAUUUCGGACAAGGGGGAGCUGCCAAUUGCAAUGGCGCUCGCGAACGUAGUGAGCACGUCUCAAAUGGAUGAACUUGCGCGCGUGUUCGUCACGCUGUUUGAUGCCAAGCAUCUACUGGCUCCGUUGCUAUGGAAUAUUUUCUACAGAGAAGUCGAGGUAUCCGACUGCAUGCAAACGCUUUUCCGAGGAAAUUCGUUAGGGAGCAAGAUAAUGGCGUAUUGUUUCAAGAUAUACGGCUACGGGUACCUACAAUCAUUACUAGAGCCGCUUAUAUCUGCGUUAUUGGACCAAGCCGAGCAGCAACCUGAACUGAGCUUUGAAGUAGAUCCGGCAAGAUUGGACACGAACCAGGACAUUGACGUGAAUCGAUCGAACCUCAUCGCGCUGACAAAAGAAGUAUUCGACUGUAUCGUCAAUUCGUCGGAUAUGUUUCCCCCGCAGCUGCGCAGCAUGUGUCACUGUCUUUAUCAGGUGUUAAGCAAACGUUUCGCUCAGUUUCCACAAACUAGCGUAGGAGCAGUCGGCACUGUUCUAUUUUUGAGAUUCAUCAAUCCUGCUAUAGUUUCACCACAAGAAAUGGGCAUUGUCAGUCGGCCAGUGCCGGCGCAAGUGAAGCGCGGUUUGAUGUUAAUGUCCAAGAUCCUGCAAAACAUCGCCAACCACGUUGAAUUCUCCAAAGAACAGCACAUGUUACCCUUUAAUGAUUUCCUCAGAGCACACUUUGAAGCAGGUCGCAAAUUCUUCAUCCAAAUAGCAUCGGACUGCGAGAGCAUUGACCAAACUUCCCACAACCUGUCGUUCAUCAGCGAUGCCAACGUAGUCGCUCUACAUCGGCUGCUAUGGAACCAUCAGGAACGAAUCGGAGACUAUCUGUCUUGCAGCAGAGACCACAAGGCCGUCGGCAGGCGACCAUUUGAUAAGAUGGCGACAUUACUUGCAUAUUUAGGUCCUCCAGAGCAUAAGCCUGUUGAAUCCACAUCCAGUCUUCUGUUUUCUUCGUACGCACGAUGGUCAUCCAUUGACAUGUCCUCAACAAAUUUCGAGGAGUUCAUUGUGAAACAUAAUAUGCACGAAAAAGAAGAGUUUAAAAGUAUCAAGUCACUGAACAUUUUUUAUCAAGCUGGCACCAGCAAGAUUGGCAACCCAGUUUUUUAUUUCAUAUCAAGAAGAUACAAAAUCGGCGAGGUAAACGCGGAUCUGCUGAUAUAUCAUGUGAUCCUAACAUUGAAGCCAUUUUGCCAACAACCCUUUGAACUGAUUGUGGACCUUACACAUGCUUCUUCAGAGAACAGGUUUAGGACAGACUUUUUACAAAAAUGGUUCAGCGUGCUGCCUGAAGUAGCAUACAUCAAUAUCCACGCCAGUUACAUCUACAAUUGUAACAGCUGGGUCAGGGAAUACACCAAGUUCCACGAGUCGAUACUAGCGCCACUAAGAGGCAAUCGCAAACUAAUAUUUAUAGACAGCCAUACGAGGCUGAGCGAUUUCGUGGACCCCGAGCAAAUAAAGUUGCCGGGCACUACACUAGCACUAGAAGAGGAUCUUAAAGUUUUCAACAAUGCUCUCAAACUGUCGCAUAAGGACACCAAAGUGGCUAUUAAGGUUGGACCUACUGCACUUCAAAUAACGUCAGUUGAAAAGACCAAGGUGUUGGGGACACAAGUUCUGCUUAAUGAUGUUUACUACGCCUCUGAGAUCGAUGAGGUAUGCUUGGUGGACGACAAUCAAUUUUCAUUAACAAUAAUCAAUGAUCCGACGCCGCUCAGCUUUAUACAUAACGACUGUGACAACAUCCUACAAUCGAUCAUUCAUAUACGCAGCCGCUGGGAACUCAGUCAGCCACAAGACUCGGUAACCGUACACCAAAAGAUACGACCUAAAGACGUUCCGGGCACGUUGCUGAACAUGGCGCUACUGAACCUGGGCUCGUGCGACCCUAACCUGCGCACCGCCGCCUACAACCAGUUGUGCGCGCUCACCGCCACCUUCCACCUCAAGAUCGAGGGCCAGCUGCUCGAGACCUCCGGUCUGUGUAUUCCAUCAAAUAACACAAUAUUCAUUAAAUCUGUGAGCGAGAAAUUAGCACACAAUGAACCACACCUCACUCUUGAAUUUUUGGAAGAAUGUAUACAGGGCUUUAGCGGAUCUACUAUAGAACUGAAGCAUUUAUGUUUGGAGUAUAUGACACCUUGGUUAGCUAAUUUAGUAAGAUUCUGCAAGCCAUCUGAUGAAUCUCGACGUCAAAAACAAGUAGCUCAUAUAUUGGAGAAGCUCAUAACGUUAACGAUCGAGGAGACAGAAAUGUACCCUUCGGUGCAAGCCAAAAUAUGGGGCUCCAUUGGACAAGUGCCUGAGCUUAUCGAUAUGGUGCUCGAUAGCUUUAUUCAAAGGAGCGUCAACUCUGGCCUAGGAUCACCAAUGAUUGAAAUAAUGGCGGACACGGCGGUCGCGCUCGCUUCCGCUAAUGUGCAGCUGGUGUCCAAGAAAGUCAUCGGUCGCAUGUGUCGGGCCCUAUCCAAACUGCCCAAUAAUAUUCUGGGUCCUGUUACCCCGGCCACUGUAGUGGAUAAGACAUGCCAUUCUCCAACUGCAAUGCUCGAGCAACAUAUGAUGUGGGAUGACAUUGCCAUAUUGGCUAGAUAUUUGCUGAUGCUGUCGUUCAACAACUGCCUGGACGUGGCGCGCCACCUGCCGUACCUGUUCCACACGGUGUCGUUCCUGGUGUGCUCGGGCACCGUGCCCAUGCGCGCCGCCACGCACGGCCUCGUCAUCAACAUCAUACACUCGCUCUGCACUUGCAACACGCCCAGCUUCUCCGAGGAGACACGGCGCCUGCUAAUGAUGUCACUGGAUGAGUUCGCGUUGCCCAAAUUUUAUCAAAUGUUUGGUAUAUCUAAAGUAAAGUCUGCUGCUGUCACUGCCUUUAGAAGUCCCUACAAUCACCAUGGAGGAGAUUGGUACUCGGAGCAGUCGUACAGUGGGUGCGCGGAGUCGUCGCUGGGCGGCGCCGCUUGCGGCCCGCACUCGCACGCGCACUUGCAGUCGGACCGCGAGCGACUGCCGCUGCAGUCGCUGGAGACCAUCACCGACGCGCUGCUCGAGAUCAUGGAAGCCUGCAUGCGUGACAUCCCUCACUGCGACUGGCUCAACACCUGGACGUCACUAGCUAAAAGUUUUGCGUUCUGCUUCAAUCCGGCCUUACAACCUAGAGCGUUGAUAGUGUUUGGAUGCAUAAGUAAAAAUGUAACCGACGACGACAUGAAGCAACUACUGAGGAUAUUGGUAAAAGCAUUGGAAUCCUUUAACGACCUUGCACUUCUGGAAGCUCUCAUCAUGUGCCUUACGAGACUACAGCCACUGUUGCAUCCGGAAUCGCCAAUACACAAGGCUCUGUUUUGGGUGGCGUUAUCCGUGCUUCAGUUAAGCGAAGCUACGCUAUAUGCAGCGGGUUUAGCACUAAUGGAACAAAAUCUUCACACAUUGGACUCGCAAGGAGUAUUCGAUAACAAGACCUUAGAGCAGGUGAUGAUGGAAACUCGAGAACCUUUAGAGUGGCAUUUUAAACAGCUCGAUCACGCGGUUGGUUUAAGCUUCCGGUCGAACUUCCACUUCGCGCUGGUGGGGCACCUGAUCAAGGGCUACCGGCACCCGCAGGCGGCCACCGUGUCGCGAACAUGUCGCGUGCUGGCCGCGCUGCUUUCCACUGCCGCGCGCCGCCACCACGACAAAUUUCACGUGGCGCCCGCCACCGUAGCCUACCUCACCGCGUUGGUAUGCGUUAGCGAAGAAGUUAGGUCGCGAUGUCAUGUGAAGCAUUCCCUUCCAAAGUGGCUGCCUGACAACUGUGACCAUUACUGCCCAACCGCUGAACAUCUCCAGUCAUCGAUGCUGAUUCAGCCGCAAUCGUCCACACACUCGUCUUGCCACAGUCGUCGACUGAAAUCCUGGGACAUGCUUGACCAAGUGGCGUUAUCCUAUGCACAUGGCGGUAAAUCCCCAACACUACAACAUUCAAGCAGCGGCGGCCACAGUCCGCACAUGAUGAGCAUUUCACACCAGGAUAGCGAAGGCCGUGCUCAUAGCGUACAACACGGUGUGGCCGGGGAAGCGGCCAGGGAACACGGAGAUGCUGACAGUGGACUUGAUUGUAAGAUGAUACGAAGCAUUACGCAUUUGAAACAGGGCUUGGAAGACGACGGUCGCGCCUCGCCAGUUAGCACCGAUGAUGCGACCGACAGACCCUCAUCUACAAAGUCUGGAGAUAGUGAUUACCCCGAAUCUUCGACAAAGCAAAUGUCAACUGAUAAAGACACCACAAGUCCCGAGAGCAACAGUCUUCUGGACCCCUCUGUGUUGUCUGACUUCACUACUCAAGCACUUGUGCUCACAGUUCUUGCAACGCUCGUCAAGUAUACAACGGAUGAAGAUGAAAUAAGAAUUUUAUACCAGUAUCUAGCAGAGGGUUCCGUUGUAUUUCCGAAGGUGUUCCCAGUUAUCCAUAGUCUUCUCGAUAUGAAGAUUAACCAUGUUCUAAUGCAUUGCCAUGAUCAAGUCAUAUUAAGUGCAGUACAAAGCAUUAUACAGAACAUGAUAGCUUCGGAGGACGCGAGUCAGCAACAGCUGCAUUACAUGCAAAGCUGCGGCUUCGGUGGCUUAUGGCGGUUUGCUGGACCUUUCUCGAGGAAUCAGUGCACUGCGGAGAGCAGCGAGCUGUUCGUGAAUUGUCUGGAGGCAAUGGUGGAAACUUGCCUGCCGGGAGACGACACGGUCCGGCCGCGAGCUCCCCCGCCGGACCCUGACUACCCGGAGCCGCACGACACGCACCGAUAUGCAGGUGUACACAGGCAGCCAACACUGUACUGCCCCAACCAAGACCCAUAG